AUGGAGCUUCUCGCAGACCGCCUUAUCCGCUAUCACGGUUUUCCAGAGGUGCUCAUAUCGGACCGCGACUCCCGUUUCCAGUCGGCUCUUUUAAACCAACUCUGUCGCCGCUUUAACAUCAAACGGUGCAUGUCCUCUCCCUACCACCCCCACAGCGACGACCAAACUGAAGGGGUUAACCGCACACUGGAGCAGAUGCUUCGUACCUAUAUCAAAUCUGACGAACGCGAGUGGGAGCGUUUGCUUCCGGCCUUGGAACUUGCCUACAACACAACAAGUCAUUCAUCCACUGAGCUCUCUCCUUUCGAGGUCAUGAUUGGAGAGAACCCAUUGACUGCUGCGGACCUUGAUAUCGUCGGCGCGUUAGCUCCUACGCUCACUCCUCCGAUGACUAACCUUUUCCGACAGCUCUGCGACAGAGCACAGAGUCACAUCCUGAAGGCGAAAUGGCAGCAGAAGUACUACGCAGACACGAAACGCCGAGCAGUGGAGUAUGCGGUGGGAGACAAGGUCUGGCUCAGCAGCAAGCACCUACCGCCUUUCAACAGCUGCCCUAAGUUCGAGCCCCGUUACCGUGGACCCUUCGAAGUCCUCGAACGCAUAGGAACUGUCGCUUACCGUCUCGCUCUGCCUCCCACUUAUGAAUGCCAUGACGUUUUCCACGUUUCACAGCUAGUUCCCCACCGCCCCCGCCCUCCCACUUUGGUUCCCUCGGCAGCCGACGCUGCCUGGCCUCCUAUCCACGAUGCAGCAGGCAAUCCCACAGAGGAAUACGAAGUCGACUAUAUUAUGGACCAACGCGGCUCGGGAGAUGCAGCCCAGUACGCGCUCAUCACCUUACUGGCUGCCCGGCUUUGCUUCGCGCUUGGCGCCGAGGCCAACGAAGACGUCUUCAGGCUCGAAACAACAGUGGUCCUUCCGAGGCGUAGACGUAUGGGUCCGCCACAUUCCAGCUCCUACAGCAAGGUCACCCUUCCAUGA